ACAAAAGAGUCUCUGUCUUGGCACAAGCAGCAGCACUCUCUACUAUCUUCCAUCUUUCCUCCUACUAAACACUUCUUCCUCCUCGUCUCUCUUCGAGCAACAACCACCCCUCCCAUAGAAACCAAAGGUCGCAAUGACUGCUGGGGAAAAGACCGAGUACGGUCAUGAGCACGACGGCUCUGCCGUUACUGCUGCUGGCCUCCACACCACCACUGAUGUCGAGCGCAUCGAGGCCCCUGUCACCUGGAAGGCCUACCUGAUCUGCGCCUUCGCCUCCAUCGGUGGUAUCUUCUUCGGUUAUGACUCUGGUUACAUCAACGGUGUGGAGGGCGCUGCCGCCUUCUAUAAGGCCGUCGAUGGCGCCUCCGCUACUGCUCUCACCUCGUCCCACCAGUCUCUGAUCGUCUCUAUCCUGUCUGCCGGUACCUUCUUUGGCGCCCUCAUCGCUGGUGAUGUGGCUGAGUUCAUUGGCCGCAAGUGGACCGUCAUUGUUGGCUGCGUCAUCUACGUCUGCGGUGUCGUUAUCCAGAUUGCCACCACUCCCAACAGCUCAGCUCUCGGUACCAUGGUUGCUGGUCGUUUCAUUGCCGGUCUUGGUGUCGGUUUCGAGUCUGCUAUUGUCAUCCUGUACAUGUCAGAAAUCUGCCCUCGCAAGGUCCGUGGCGCUCUCGUCGCCGGCUACCAGUUCUGCAUUACAAUCGGUCUGCUGCUCGCUGCUUGCAUCGUCUACGGCACCGAGAAGUUUAGCGACCCCAAGGCCUACCGCAUUCCCAUCGGCAUCCAGUUCAUCUGGGGCUUCGUCCUGGGUGUCGGUCUGCUCUUCCUCCCCGACUCUCCUCGCUACUUUGUCAAGCGCGGUCGUCUGGACGCUGCCACCGAUGCCCUGGCUCGUCUCCGUGGCCAGCCCCGUGACUCCGAGUUCAUCCAGGUCGAGCUUGCUGAGAUUGUCGCCAACGAGGAGUACGAGCGCCAGCUCAUCCCCAACACCACCUGGUUCGGCUCGUGGGCCAACUGCUUCAAGGGCAGCCUGUGGUCCGGCAAGUCCAACCUGCGCCGCACUAUCCUGGGUACCUCUCUGCAGAUGAUGCAGCAGUGGACCGGUGUCAACUUCAUCUUCUACUACUCCACCCCCUUCCUCCAGUCCACCGGCGCCAUCUCCAACUCCUUCCUGAUCUCUCUGAUCUUCACCCUCGUCAACGUCUGCUCUACCCCCGUCUCCUUCUGGACCGUCGAGAGAUUUGGUCGCCGCAGCAUCCUCAUCAUGGGCUCCGCUGGCAUGACCAUCUGCCUGUUCAUCGUCGGCAUUAUUGGUGUCACCGUCGGCUUCAACAAGACCCACACCGUUGGUACCUCCACUGUGGCUGACAACAUCAGCGCCGUGAACGCCCAGGUUGCCUUUAUUGCCAUCUUCAUCUUCUUCUUCGCGUCCACCUGGGGCCCUGGUGCCUGGAUCGUCAUCGGCGAGAUCUUCCCUCUCCCCAUCCGCUCUCGCGGUGUGGCUCUCUCGACCGCCUCCAACUGGCUGUGGAACACCAUCAUCGCCGUCAUCACCCCCUACAUGGUGGGCACCGACAAGGGCGAUGCCAACAUGAAGUCCAGCGUCUUCUUCGUCUGGGGCGCGCUCUGCCUGUCCUCAUUCGUCUACGCCUACUUCCUCAUCCCUGAGACCAAGGGUCUGUCCCUGGAGCAGGUCGACCGCAUGAUGGAGGAGACUACUCCUCGCACAUCUGCUGGCUGGAAGCCCACCACCACCUACGCCGCUGACCUGUCUGCCCACACCGGCAAGAUGCAGCACAACACCGUCGAGGAUAUUGAGAAGAGCUCUGCCUAG